CUCACUCCUCCAGACCGACCGCGAUGCUCCUUCUACGGCCUCGAGCCACACACUGCCUGGGGCUCUCCUUUUCCACCUACUGAUUCAGACAGAGUUCUGUGCAGCAAGCACCAUGGCAUUCAUCAGCACUGCGCCGCGCCUUCACCGCCGGCCUGUCUUGAUGACGCCCGCAGCCACCAGCUUCUGGAUCUUCAUCGCAAUCCUGAGGGAAGGGAAUGCCAAGUCAGCAGACUGGCGCAGACCUCUCCGUAAAUCAUGCUGCAACUCACUCAGGGUUGCGCAUGUGCUCCUGCAGCGCCGCCGGAUUGCUCUGCGCCUGCUCGAGGAUGGAGCGCAUGACGGGGUCGGCCAGAAUGCCGGCCACCUCCGGGUCGCUCUGCCUCGGUGUAUGCCGCCACGGCGCCGGCAAAGUCGCCCUUCUUGUACAGGUCGUUUCCGCGAUUCCGCUCCUCCUCGCUCUUGGCGGGGUCGAUGUAGGCGCGCCGCUCGUUCUCCUUGAGCUGCUUCUCGGCCGCCUGCAGCUUGGCGAGCGUGUCGGCGGUGCGGUGCUCCGUCAGGCUCUUCUGGAAGAAGCGGAUCGCCGUCGGCAGGUCCUCCUUCUUCACGUUGGCCGAGCCGAUGCGCGCAUACGCCUUGGCCAUGAUCUUGUAGUCGGCGCGCGUCUCGCUGCCGUGCUCCAGCGCCUCCUCGCACGUCUUGAUGCACUCGUCGUACGCGCCCGUCUCGAACUGGCACGCUGCCAGGUUAGAGAGGUACACGAUGUCCUUGUGCGCCUCCCACGCCGCCUUGUACUGCUCCGAGGCACCGGCAAAGUCGCGCUUCACGUACAGCGCGUUGCCGCGCGCCUUUGCUGCGUCGCCGGCCUUCUUCGCCUGCGCCUCUUCGCUGUCCUCCUCCUUCGGCGGCUCCGGCUUCGGCUCGGGCGCCUUGGGCGUCGGCUUGGGUGCCGGCUUGGGCGCCUCCUCCUCGCGCGCGCCCGCGUCGCCGGGCAUGGCGCUGGAGCCCUCGGGGCGCUCAAACGCCUGCAGGUCGAUGCCCAUCAGCACGCCCAUGACGGCAAUCAUGUUGGGGUCCGAGAAGGCCGACGCCGCCUUGCUCGGGUCCGCCUGGAUGGCCGAGAGCUUGGCACGGAACGCCGGGUCGCGCACCAGCGCCGCCGUCUUGGGGUUCGCCUCGAGCUUGCUCCACAUCUGCGGGUCCUGGAACAUCUUGCCGAUGCCCAUGCCGGCGUCGUUGUCGGAUGCUGUGCAGGCGUCAGCGCUGCGACCAUGCAGCAUCAAGGCAAAUGCCACUCACCGAGCGCCGACUGCACGCUGUCGAGGCCGCGCUGCAGGAUGGCAUCGCCCGGCGCCACCUUCAGGCCCUCCUCGUACGCAGCCACGGCCUCCUCCAGCCGGCCGAGGCCGUGCAGCGCGGCGCCCUUGCGCGCGAAGCCCUUGCCGAACGUGGGAUUGGCCUCGAUGGUCUGUGCGACUGGCUGUCAGCGACUGGCACCGGGAGCACAGCAGCGCAGUGCCUCGCAGGCCAGCGGGAGCACAACGGCCAGCAAGCUAUAUUCGGCACGCACCUUGUCGCCAUCCUCCAGCGCGCGGUCCCAGUCCUUGAGCGCGGCAUAGCUGGCGCUGCGGUUCGAGUAGAGGACGUGGCGCUGCGCGGCGUCGGCGUCGGGCGCCUCGAGGGCGGCGCUGUAGAGCUCGGCGGCGCGCGCGUAGUCCUUUGCCGCAAAGGCGGCGGAGCCCUGCGCCUUGAGCUCGGCGGCGGACGACAUGGCAGGUGUGAGUGGGUGAGUGUAAGGUGUGGGAGAAGCUGAGCAGGAGUGGGACGUGUGCUGCUCGUGGGCUGUGAUGGUCAAGCACC